AUGCUGCUUCCACCACAGUCUUGCGACGUGGAUCGGAUGAGUUCCACCGACCUGGCCUAUAUCGGCGACGUCGUGUACGAACUCUUUGUCCGAUCCCGUAGCGUAUGGCCCCCGAAGCGCACGUCGGAUUUGCAAACGGAUGUGGUUGGAUUCGUGCGAGCCGAGUUUCAGUCGCGUCUGUUGGCUCAACUCAAGGAGGAUGUGGAAUUGAGCGAAAAAGAACGACAAGUGCUAUCGAGAGGACGAAACGCCGUUUCGGGUAGUGCCCGCAACCGCCGAGAUCCAGCCGCGUACCAGGAUGCCACCGCAUUGGAAGCCUUGCUGGGAUAUCUUUAUAUUGCUGACAGUCAGCGAUGUGCGGAAAUAUUCCAAUGGAUGGAAGCACAUAUGAACAGUGUGGAGUAG